CUGGGAGAGAGUGCACAUUAUCUUUUUUGUCUUUUCUUUGAAAAGUUGGAACAGGUGCUUCUAAGAUUUAUGGUCUGAUUUUUAAUGUAAUACUCUUUUUUAUUUAUUUAUCGGUGUUUCUUUUCAUAAGCACAUUUGGAGAUGCUUUGAGAGAAGAAAAGAUGGAACUUGAAGAGACGGAGGUUGAUACAUCACCUUCCUGGUCUCCUGUAUCUAGAGACAGGCUCCUCACAUGCGCCAACCUGUCAGAUAUCACAGGGAAGAAAAGAAAACAAGACCCAAGUAGUGAUGCUGAGAAUUCAGCCCGAAUCUUGGAGGACUGUGAAGACGAUGACUUUCCCAUCAAUGACCACAUGCAAGAUACAGAGGGUCCAUGUAACAAAAGAGUCAAACCAGUAGACAAAAGUGCUUCAGUCACUGGUAUUAUAACACCGGUGAAGACCCCUGCACUGAAACGCUUGGGCCAGUCCAUACAGCGUUCUAUCAGUUUCCGAACAGAGGCCCGUCCGUUGCCUCCAAUGCCAAUAAGAACACGUCAGAAGGCCUCUUCAUUUCCACGGCGGCGGAGCAGCCAGCUGUGGAGUGAUACAGUUGACAGUCUGAGCCACGAGCUUAGUACCAAAGAGAUCAAGCGACAAGAGGUAAUCUAUGAGUUAACCCAGGGUGAGAAACAGCUCAUUGAGGAUUUAAGUCUAGUGAAAAAGGUGUACUAUGAACCCAUGCUGAAAUUAGACAUCAUGACAGAAAGUGAGCUGGGACAGAUAUUUGGAACCCUUGAUUCUUUAAUACCACUUCAUGAAGAUCUUUUAGCUCGUCUUGAAGGCCUUCGUGGAGCAGAGAAGACUGUGCAAGAGGUCGGCCCGACCAUGAUGGACUGGUUUCCAUGUCUGGAGGCGUAUAUCACAUACUGCUGUAACCAGGUUGGGGCAAAAGCUCUGCUCGAUCAAAAGAAACAGGACCGGCGGGUUGAGCAUUUCUUGCGGCUGUGCCAGGAGUCGUCCUUCAGCAGAAAGCUGGACCUGUGGAACUUUCUGGACUUGCCUCGCAGCAGGCUGGUGAAAUAUCCUCUGCUGUUAAAAGAGAUUCAGAAGAGCACUCCACCUGAGCAUCCGGACGAAGAAGAGCUGCCACAGGCAAUAGAACUAAUCCAAAGGAUUAUUACAGAAGUCAAUCUUAAAACUGGAGAGGCUGAGUGUCAGUUUUACAGACGGGGGCUGUGCUACUCAGAAGACAGCCAGAGGGUUCCAGAAAUCCAGGCAUCUCGUUUUUUAUACUGCCAUGGUGAACUGAAGAGUACUAAAGGACAGAAGCUGCAUGUGUUCCUUUUUGAGCUGGUAUUGGUUUUGACCCGACCAGUGGCGCAGGACAGGGAAGGACCAGCACAGUUCCAGGUGUAUCGUCAGCCCCUCCCAGCUGCUCACCUCCAUCUGGAAGACCUACCUGAUGGAGAGCCAAGCAGCUCUGGAUCAUUUCGUGGGGCUUUUACGGGCAAUGAUAAAGUGAAGAACUGUUUUCGUGUGAGCACCACAGGGCGCUCCAAGUCUCAAUCCCACAGCCUGCAGGCUAAUGACUCCUUCAAUAAGCAGCAAUGGAUUUCAUGUCUGCGCCAAGCAAUGGUCCAGUCACGGGACAGACAGGCUCAAACCAGCCACUGCAAACCCUCUGAGCAUUUAAGCCCUGACCCUGCCCUCUAUAACAACAUCGCUGAACUCAACCUUAACUCUGAUGUGGAGAUGCCAGACACAUAGACCAGGGCUACCGGUGCUUUCCAGUUCAAUGGUUCAUUCACAAAGACAGGAUUUCACUUUUAUUGUGACCAUGACAGCCAACUUUCUCAGGACAAAUGAGAUCACACAGCUGCUGUCUCACAACCUCUCUAGAAACUGUGAGAAUAAGGUCAUGUAGCUAUAUUUGUAUACUUCAUAUGUGGAUGUUUGUUGCUGUCAAAUAUCUCAUAAGGGGAGUAUUUUAUAUUAGAUUUAUGCUUCUUGCUUAACCGGUUUUAUUGGAAUAUAUAUAUAUAUAUAUAUAUAUUUUUUUUUUU